UGCCGUGUUACGAUCCAACUUGUUCUCUACCGAGGUAAAUAUGUCUACUCCGAGAGUCUGGUUGAUCACUGGUGCCUCGUCCAGUUUUGGAAGGAUUACGACAGAGAAAGUUCUCAGCAACGAUCGUGUUGUAGCGACAAUUAGGAAACCUGACGUGUUGGACGACUUGAAAGCCCAGUGCCUUCCUUCUCAAUUGCUCGUUGUACAACUUGACGUCACCAAGAAUGAAGAGAUCAAAUUCACAUUCUUGAAGGCCAAAGAAACGUUCGGUAGACUUGAUGUCGUCUUCUACAAUGCAUGGUGUGGAAUCUCGGCCGAGGUCGAGGAGACACCAGAGGAGGAUGCGAGCUUGAUGUUCGAAACGAACUUCUGGGGGGCCACCAAUGUCAGCCGUGAAGCUGUUAGGUUCCUCAGGGAAGAGAACAAGCCAGCUGGAGGAAGGUUGCUCGUCAAUUCCUCGAGAGCGGGGGUGCGCGCUAUACCUGCUGGAGGAUAUUAUUCAGCAUCUAAACAUGCUUUAGAAGGUGUCACUGAAGCGUUAGCGCGAGAACUCGACCCGGCUUGGAACAUCAUGGUAACGAUCAUCGAACCUGGAUAUUUUCAAACCCACGGUGCUGGAAAGCCCACCCCAAUCACUCACCCCGCGUAUAGCAAACCCUCCCUCGCUGGCAACGCCUUCCGCAGAUUCGUUUUCCAGGGCAGACCGAUUGGGCGGACACAACUCGAGCCGUGCAAAAGAUAUAUGAGAUUGAAAACUUGUCUGAACCUCCCUUUAGGUUUCCGAUAGGGGCAGAUGCGAUUGACGUGAUCAAGAAAGAGGUCAAGAGUAUCAUGGAGGAUACGGAGAAGUAUGAGGGAUGGUCUGAAGGAUUAGUAUUCAAUGAUGAGAAAUACCCAGCACAGUAUGCUUGAAGAAACAGUUCCUGAGACA